AUGAAAUUCCGAUCGGUCUCGUUGAAUCUGAAUUUGAAUCCAUCUCCCUCCACAUCAACCGCCGAUUCCUCUGUAGCACUACCAACCUAUUUUGGUGAUCUCUAUGGUAGUCGCCCUCAAACCCCUCGAACAAGAACGGACACCAACACUUCCGAAGCUGGCUCCCUCCAAAGUACAACCGAAAUCUCAAUCCCAGUCCCGAAAAAACACGUCAAACUGCCCGAUGAACCCCGACGACCAGCCCUAUCAAUCCUGUCCGUCCAAUCCCUACAGGACCCCCAAAAACGAAAAUCCAUCUGGGACAUGGAACGAGGCCCGAAAAUUGAAUACGAAGAACCCGAAUCGAACACAUCGGCUCUCAAAAACUUUAUCCUCGACCAUCGCUACAAGCUACUUAUUUUCUUGAUUUGCCUCUCGGUGUUCAUAUUCUUGCUGGUUAUCCUGUUGAAGGAGUUUGUCCAUUCGCUU